AUGUCCGAAGUGAAAAUUGAGUUCGACCCGAAGGGCAUGCCCUUCAGAAGGCUGGGCCCAAGUGGUCUUCGUGUGCCUGUGUUUUCCCUCGGCGGAUGGUUGACACUCGGUGGGACCGUCAUUGGUGACCCUGUCAAGGAAAUCAUCAAGACUGCCUUCGACCAUGGUAUCAACAUGUUUGACACGGCGGAAGUAUAUGCGGAUGGCAAUUCUGAGAAGGAGAUGGGUCGAGUCAUCAAAGAGUUGGGCUUCAGACGAACAGACCUGAUUAUCACCACCAAAUUGUAUUGGGGACAUCGUCAAAACCCGAACGGCACAGGAUUGUCGAGGAAGCACAUCAUCGAGGGGACCAAGGCGUCACUCGAACGGCUCGGUCUUGAUUAUGUUGAUGUACUUUUUGCGCACCGCCCAGACAUCAGUGUCCCGAUGGAAGAAACUGUCCGUGCUUUCAAUUUCGUGAUUGAGAAGGGCUGGGCUUUCUACUGGGCGACAUCAGAAUGGUCCGCUCGUGAGAUCGAAGAAGCCUACCAUGUGGCUGACAAGCUCGGCUUGAUCCCUCCUAUUGCCGAACAAUGCCAGCACCACAUGUUCCACCGUGAGCGCCCCGAGAGCGAGUACGCACCUAUCUACAAGAAAUACCAGAUCGGUACGACCGUCUGGUCGGCCCUGGCCAGCGGGCUGUUGACCGGGAAGUACAACAACGGCAUCCCAGAAGGAUCCCGUUAUGACAACCACAAAGACUUCUUCAAGAACACCAUUCAGUCGUUGAACGAGGAAGAGGGCAUGAAGAAGCUCGAGAAGGUCCGAGCCCUGACAGAGCUCGCCGAGAAGGAGCUGGGCUGCACAACAGCGCAGUUGGCGCUCGCGUGGGUUGCGGUCAACCCGAACACGAGUACCGUGAUUCUCGGCGCGUCCAAGCCGGAGCAGGUCGUGGAGAACCUAAAGGCGAUCGAGGUCUUGCCGAAGCUCACGCCCGAGGUGCUGGCGAAGAUUGAGGCGAUUCUAGACAACAAGCCCGCUGACCUGCCCACCUUUGGCCGACCGGCACUGGACAAGUUCGGCAGACUGUGAGGCGCGCUGCGGGAUUAUGUAGCAAGAAGUAUACUAUGAGCGACAAUAUUCGUGGCAGUAUGGUUACUGCUGUUCAACGGACUGAUUGACCAUGUCGACGUGUACGAUGGCCCGGGGUGACUUGCUGUCAGACCCUGUCCUGGCCCGAAUAAGUCUAAUUGUUCGCAGCACUAUCUGGAACGGCAUGAAAACAGAUUUGGGCUGUCGUAGACUAUGGCGCCCUAGGGAAUCUGUUGGCACGUUC